AUGUCAACUUCGCGUUUGAAUUGCCGAAUUCUGUGGUCACCGCACAAAGAUUCUAAUUUAUUUUUAGUUGGAUCAAAUAAUGAUUUAAGGUUAUAUGAAUAUAUUCCAAAGGGACCAGCAAAUUAUAAAUUGAUUUUCGUGAAUCCAGAUAUAGCAUCAAUGAGGUGCAUUGCUUGGUCACCUGACUCUAAUUUUCCAAGUUUAAUUGCAGCAGGAUUUGCCAACGGCAAAACAUAUCUUGUUAAUAUUCACGACGAAUCAACAUUAAGCGAAUCUCAUGUAAAUAAUCAUUUAACGUCAUCAAAACCAUUUAAUGUGCUUUCUCAACAACCACCAUAUGCAGUUUUAAAUUCUAAAAAUUCAAAACCAUGUAACGAGGUAGAAUUUUCUCUGGCUGAUCCCAGAUUAUUAGCAACCGGAUCUGAUAAAGUUAGGAAUGAUUAUUGUUUAUUAAUUUGGGAUGUCGAAAGAGCUGCAAAAUGUGGAGAUAAAAAUUAUGGUAAUACGCCUAAAUUAUCCGCAGAGAUGCCUAGUAGAACCGGUAGCAUUAGUGGUUGGAGUGUUAAAAGCGAUCAUAAUGAUGUUGGAGUUGCCCCCAGUGGAUUUGGUGGGAGGGGAGGUUUGGGAAUUGGCUCCUCUGUAAUGGAUGAUAAUUACACUUAUCCAUUAGAAAUGGCAAGGUCUGGUUAUUCAAUGUAUGAAUCUCCAUUCGUUCCAAGACCUCAACCCGCAACGAGUUAUAAUACACGUACUGAUGAAUCAAAACCUAUUCACACUUUUGGAUUAUCGGAAUUUGUUAAUUCUAUAAAUUGGAUCCGUACAACAAAACAACUGGUUGCUGGAAUGUCGGGAAAAUUUUUGAAGAUUUUUGAUUUGAGAUUAACGGAAAAUCCUGCCAUUACAAUAACAACUAAAGCUGUUUUUGGGGUAAAGACUGAUCCAUUUAAUGAUCAUAGAUUUGCUAGUUUUGAGGAAAUUAGCAGUAAUAUGGGAAAUAUUCUUUUAUGGGAUGACCUGCGAUCGGGUUUACUAGCGUCCUUAUCCAACGAUACAUCUUAUAUAUCGUUAUAUGACAUACAAGAAACUACAUGUAAAUUACAACCUUACUCAACAACUUUAUCAAAUAAUAGUUCACCACUUGAUGAAGUUGAUCCUCUUAAUUGUGGAUUUGGUAAUGAUGGAGGAGUACCGAUAGCGAAAUCUACUACUUCUAUGGGAAGUGGUGCCGGAUUUGUUCCUUCGGCUGGUAUUGUCAUGGGUGCAUCUAAUAAUCCUGCAUUUUAUGAAAAAAUGAAUGGAAAUGGAGUUGGUAGUGGGGGUAUAUCUAUUUCGGGCGGCAAAUCCGAUGAUGAACUUGACAUGCCUAUAUUAUGGAAAUCUAGGAAAACACAGAAAUUAUCGAAAGCUCUCGUAUCUUUUGCUUGGAUACCAACUAUGUCAUCGCCUCAUUCACACCGAUUGUUGGUGAUAAAUAAAGAGUCAACGUUGGAAACAGUCACAUUGGAAGAAUGUACUAAUUUCGGUUGGGAACCACGCGGGAAUAUGUUAAUAUUUGGUCCAAAUUCGGUCAAAACAUACGAUGUUGAUCAAAAAAUUCAUGAUUAUGGCGAUUUUGGAAGAGGGGAUGAUGACAUUCGUGAUAACAUCGGUGAUGAUCUUCAUCGUGGAAUUUCAUAUAGCAAUAAUAAUAAUGAACCGAGUUUACAUCAUCGUAGUAAUAAUGGAUCAGGUUAUGGACAUAAACAUCGCGUUUCUUUAGAUUUGAAGGUUGAUAACGAAUAUGAUAGUGGGAAUAGAACACCUAGACCUAAUGAUCUGAGCAAUUCUUCUAAAGAUGUAAAUGCAUUAAAAAAACAAUUAAAAGGAAUCAUGAUGCAUCGAUCUCAUGAUGAUUUGACGGUGGGUGGUGUUCCAGAAAAAGAUGAUGAUAAAGCGCUGUUAAUUUUGCCCUUAAAAACAUUACAAGAAGAUAUUUCUGUUGUCAUGCGUAAGAGGGCCAAACAAGGAUAUUCCAUGAUUUGUCGUGCCAAUGAAGACCUUGUAAGAGACUCUCCAAAAUUGAGAACAUUAUGGAAUUGGAUAGCUCAAGCCGAAAAACUUUCUUUGGAAGGAAAAUCAAAUUUUCAAGGAAUCUAUUCAGUAUGGGCAGUAGCAUCCACAGGUGGCAGUAAAAGAGUGUCACCAAUAUCAACUCCAAAAGCGUCACCACCAAAAUCUUUUUCUGAAAGAUCUGACCAGGAAGGAGUCGAUAUAAAUGAGAUUCCUAUCACGGUAUCAACUUCUAAAUUGUCACAAAGAAAAUUAGCAUUGACCAUAUGUGGAUGGGGUUUUGGAAAGAAAGAAUUAGAAGAAACACUUCAAAGAAUGGAACGAGCGGGUAAUUAUGAGAAAGCUGCUGGAUGGGCAUUAUUUCAUGAUUUACCCAAAAGAGCCAUUGCAUCAUUAAAUAAUAGUAAAGAUGAACGAUUGAAAUUAGUAUCAACAGCGUUAGCUGGUUAUGUUGCAAAUAAUCAAGAAAAUUCACUUUGGCGUGAAAUAUGUAUAAAUCUAAGUACUGAAAUGCGCAAUCCAUAUUUGCGAGCAAUGUUUUCAUUUAUUGCAUGUGGAUAUUGGAUAGAUGUUUUACAAGAGGAAGGGCUUUCUUUACAGGAUCGUAUCGGCAUUGCGUUGAGAUCUUUGGAUGAUGAAGAGCUCAAUUAUUUCUUACAUGAUAUAACUGAAAAAGUAAUUGCAACCGGUGAUAUAGAUGGAAUCAUUUUAACUGGCCUUACUCCAGAAGGCGUAUCAUUAUUUGAGAAUUAUAUAAAUAAUACAUGCGACGUUCAGACAGCAAGUCUGGCAUUGAGCUUUUGUGUCCCAAGAAAAUUCAAAGAUUCAAGAGUGACAAAUUGGGUAGAAAAUUAUCGUAUGCUGUUGGAUCAAUGGCAAAUGUUUCAUAUACGAGCGAGAUUUGAUAUAGCACGUGGUAAACAUAUGAUAUCUUCAACAUCCUCGGCGGCAGAUAUGGUACCACCACAAGUUUACGUAAGAUGUAAUUAUUGUAGUCAAAGUAUUACACAUAGCUUAUUUAUACCCGGUAUGAAAGGCAAAGACGGAGAGAGAUUUACACUACCAGCUUCGUAUUAUGGGGCUGCGGUUGGAAUGAUAUCUAAACAAAAGACGACUUGUUGCCCUGGAUGUCGAAAACCUUUACCUCGAUGUUCUAUAUGUUUAUUGAGCCUUGGGACACCCACCGACAGUAAGAGAGAAGCCAUCACUGCCAAUCAGCAAAAUGGAUUUUCAAAUGAUAAACCAUUUGGAUUUGACCUUUGGUUUACGUGGUGUCAAUCAUGUCAUCAUGGAGGACAUGCAAUACACAUGUUACAAUGGUUUCAAAAACAUAAAAUAUGUCCUGUUAGUGAAUGUACAUGUUUAUGUGAAAAUUGA